ACCUGAACGAUGCCGACGAGCCGAACAUCUCGCACUUCUCCUUGGCCACCGCCAUGAACCUCGGCGCCUGCGCCAGCGGCAUCAGCCUCAGCACCUCGCCCACCGAACGCCUCCGCGGAGAGAAGGCCCGCUCCCUCCUCCGGGUAGGGCGCGGACAGGCGAAGGGAGGGACGCAAGGAAGUAGGAAAGCAGGCUCUCUCCGUCCCUCCGGCUCGCUCGUGCGCUCUCUCCCUGUGGAACUCAACCCGCUGAGUUUCUCUCAGAGCUCUCGGACUUCAUUUCCCAGAACCACUCUCCGUUUGCUGUUCCGACCGAGGCUUCUGGGAACUGAAGUCCAUCACUCCUGAAGGACCCACAUUUAAGGGUGUCCCAAAACUUGCCUAUCUGUAUAAGGCUAAACGCACAAUACUGCCAGGAAGAUACAGCUCCAUCGUGUCUCCUGCAACAUCACUUGGGAGCCCCUCAAUAUAUAUAUAGAUCUCUCUCUCUCUCUGUCGCAUAGUCGUUUCCGACUCUUCGUGACCUCAUGGACCAGUCCACGCCAGAGCUCCCUGUCGGCCGUCGCCGCCCCCAGUUCCUUCAAGAUGUUGUUGAGAUCUCAGAAGACCCCUGAGGAAGAAGAAUCUUUCCUGUCCGCUGGGAUCCAUAAUUUAGUUCCUUGUGGUGAUGUGGGGACUCAGGGCGGAUUCCAGCAUACACAACACAAAGGCAAACAUUCAGUGCCUAGAAACAACGAAACACAGCAAAAGGUUGGCUUGUUGGCAGUUAUUGUGAAGCAGUGCAAAGAUUUCACUCCCAAGUUCAUUGUUAAACGUGACAUCUAUUUAUUGGUCCGUAUUAGUAUUGAUAAAAUCAUGAAGUGCACAAACCCCCAAGUUUACAAAGCAAAUAGGAGCAACAGAAAGACUGAAACAGUUAAUUUUGGAGAUGUGAGGUAUUUUUCAGUAAAGGUUCCAAAGCAAAAAAGUGAUCCUAGAAAUAGGAUUUCAUUAGAGCUGGUGGGCUUUGAGGGACCAAAGGAAUUUCCAAGGCUGUUUGGGAGUGUGACUAUGCACCUCUAUGAUGUUAUUCAAAAGCAGUCCUUCACUGAAAUAUGUGCCAUGAGAAUUCGAAAUAUGGUUUUCUGCACAGCAGAGGUGGAAUUUAUGUUCUGCUAUGGAUGUCUUGGAUAUGGGUAUUCACAUCAGCUGAAACUGCCAGGGGCAGAUCCAGCCCAAUCUGUGGCGUAUUCCAUGUUUCUGCGAGUUCCACCACCAGAAAACAGAAAAGAUGCUGUCACCAAUGUGAUCAAGCCACAGCGUAUGGAUUACCCUGCAUGCUUAUCUCCAGAUCUGAAUGUUACAGUUGGAAAUAUUGAGUUGGAGCCUCCUGCAGAAAUGACAGAUCAUUACAUAAGUCUUCAAAAUGCUUUGAAAGAACCUCCCCGAGAAAGGUUGCAGAAAAUGAAAAAAGAAUACCGGAGUCUGUCAACAUGGCGUGAGAAGGCUGAAUAUUUAGACCAACUGAUCUUAAAAAGGGGACCAAAAACAAGACCUACUCAACCAAAGAUGUCUCGCUUCAGGGAAAUUGUUGAAAAAUUUCAUGUGCCUCGAUUUGCAUCUUCUUCUUCUCAAGGGCUAUCCAUGGAAGAAUCAAAAAUAGCUGAAAUUCUACCAGAUGAGAUUACAUCAGACGAAAAGCAACCAAUUCAGGGAUGGGAAGGUGUCCCCGAAGAUGUUUCUAUCUUGUAUUUGCAGCCUCCUACACCUACACCUACACCAUCCUACAAGGAAACUGAAUUAGAAGAUGAAAUGGAAAUGGCAACUGGACUAGUAGAACCCACUGAAUCGACCCAGCAUGUCCCAACAGUGGCUGUAACUACCAGUACCAGUUUUUCUGGAUCUUCAGAAGAAGGGGAUGUCUUGGAAGAUAAGGUCACAACAGGAAAAGGUGGAUCUGAAACUUCAUUGUCAAGUUCCGGUGAAACACCAGAAUUUUCUGAGACAAGAGAAGAAAAAUUUCCUGACAUAGUGCAAAAACCAGCUACCCUAGAGUAUCUCCCAGAACAAAUACAGUCAAAGGAAUCGUUUCCCAGAUCUGGUUUUCCUCAGCUUGUUCCAGAUGAGUUUGCAACUCCUAAAGUAUCAGAUUCAAUUGUCAAGUCAGAACAGCAAUGGCGUUGGAAAGACUCUGGGUUCCAAGAAGCAGUUUUUAGUGGGAACAAGUUUGAACCAUUCUUGAGACGUGUCUGUAAAGUAACUCCACCUGCACCCAGAAGAGGCAAUACACAUGAAUACCGCUAUCUAGAAGAACCAUACUUUUCCGAUGAUACAAAAGAACAAGAAGACCAAGAUCCACCACCUGGGUUUCCUUCUACAAAGGCAGACAGCGGUCAAGACACCAAAUUAACCAAGAGUGGUGAACAAUUAUCUAUUCUAAGACUCAUAGAAAAAAAGAUGAGUUUAGAAGAAGGCCACAAAAUUGCCACAGAAGAGGAAGAAGAACCAAAGUUACAGGAUGUUUCUCCAAAGUUGAUCGGAGAUAAAAUGUCAGAUGCAGAGGUAGAUGAGGCCCAGAUUUAUUUUAAGAGCUUUCUGGAAAACUUCCUUGCUGAUAAACUUGUAAAAGUUGCAGCACUGCAAUCGAUUCUAAGCAAAAACAUUGAAAAUCUAGUUGCAGAGAGGCUCUCAGAAACACAGCUAUUCCAAGAACUAGAAGACCAUCUUAAGGAGAAACAGUUGCCUGAGGAAAAAAGAUCUGUUCCUAGAGAAAAGUUUUCAAAGCCAGACAUAAUGAAGUUGAAAGAGAUUGUGAGUCUAAACUUGCAAACCCGUCUUGUUAAGAAAUUUUGUCAACAGGGAAUAAUUCCAGAUCUGAAAGUAGCUGAGAGAGAUGAGAAGUUUUCUCUUCCAAGUGCUGCUGAUCUGCUAAAGAUAAAGGAAAGUGAAAUAAUAACAAUAAAACCACUAAGUGACACUCAGUUAGAAGACAUUCCUGUAACUGAACCAGUUGUUAAAGGGACAGAAUCAGUCACAAGCAAAUGGGAAGAUUACAAAGAAGCCCUUUGUCCUCUAAGAAAGAAGUCCUCAUUGGAAAUAAUUCGAGUAAAACUACCAUUUGGCACGGAAACAGAUAGUAGUAAACAGCGACUUUCCAAUUUUGACAUUCUCCUUGGCAAGGUUUUAAAAACAGAAAUAACACAUUUAAAAUCAUUUUUAAGCAAAAAGCUCCAGGAUCAUCUUAAAGAUAAACUUGCAGAAAUUGGAGUAACGGCAAAAGAUUUGAGGACAGCAUGCCGGAGGUUGUACUUUCCCCAGAAAGAGAAACACAUAAUAACACCAAAAGAGGUACUGAAAGAAGACGUUUUUUUCUCCGAGGAAGAGCUUGCAAAAGAAACACCUGUGUUAAGUAAAAGUAUGCAAAAUCUCGUAGAAGUCCUUUCCGAAAGAGAAAUGGCUAAUUUAAAGUCUGCAUUCAAUAAGAAGAUCCACGGCUAUGUUUCAAAAAGACUUUCGGAGAUAGAAGUGAUUACAGAGAAAGAGUUACAAGAAAUACUCAAACAUUUUUUUCCAAUUGUGGCCAAAGAAAUAUCAUUAAGGGGGGAUAAAGAAACAGAUGUAUCCAAAAAAGGGCCAACAGUACCUCCCUUAACCCAAAAUCUGCAUGACAGGUUUUCGGAAGAAGAACUACAAAAUCUAAAGAGUCUCUUAGGCAGACUUCUGCAAGAAGAUCACAAAGAAGAGCUUUCAGAAUCAGAAGUGAAAGGUUUAACAUCAGUUUUACAGAAAAACAUUGAGGAUGUUCCCAUACAUAGUGGUUCUGGAACUGAGAUGAACAAAGGAAUAGAGAUAAAGGAUAAAAGUUGUAAUAUACCUUUAACAAAUGCUGAAGAAAAUUUGAAAACUAAUGAUGUAGUUGUAUCAGACAGAGGCAAAGAGCAUUCAAUAGAAAGGCUUCAUAAAACUCCAGAAUCUGAUGAAAAAAGAGAACCACUAGACCUGCCUGUAAAUAAUAUUUUUGAAGUAGAAACAAGGAACCAAGAAACUCAGACUGUGCUCCUUCCAAAAAGAGUGAAACAUAGCUCUAAGAAAGAAAGUCACAAGUUGCCACCUUGUCCUGAAAAUCCAGAGAUGUCACUUUUAAAGAGGAGGUCAUUUGAAGCAGGAUUGAAAAGCAAACCAUCUGGUGAAGUUAUAAAGACAGCAGCUGAACCAUUUCCUUGCUCAUCUUUUUUGAGUGCACAUGAUAUUGGCGUACAAACUGAAAUCAGGAAUUAUCUUGGCAAGCCAAAUUACUUCACCAAGCCUUCCUUUCCAGUAAACCCUCAGACAUUUCUUCUUUUACAUUCAGAGUCUGAGGAUGAUGCAAAGGCACCAUGUAAAUAUCAUCACAAACCCAAAUACAAGAAGAAGUCUGACAGAAAGAGAGACUCAGGGCCACAUCGUUCACACCAAACAGCGAGCAAUGCACAAAACAAGAAAGAAAAAUCAAGUAGUGGAAGUUCAUCUAAGGAGAUUUUGAAAGAAAAAUACAAAAGACACAGUGAAACAUCUUCCCCAAAAACAAGAAUGUCAGAAAGCAAGAAGGAUUUAAAAGUUGCACUCUCUCCUAGUACUAUGAAAAAGGAGAGUGCGAAGCAGAGGGCGGAAAGGAAACGUUACCAGGAAAUAAAACCCAGAAAAUCUAGCAAGGGCUCUACCCUGUCUGAGCUAUUCCUAUCAAAAAUAGGAAUUCCUCCAUCUUCUGGUCAUACAAAAGGAAAUACAUUGGUCUCUACAGGCACAGACGAUAUAGAUAUAGAAGCAUACAAGCAUCUUGAAAAAGCCAUCGAAAGAGCUCUUAUUGAUUUAGGAAGAAUACCAGAUGGUAGCUCCCUCCAGGGAAGGCCAAACACUUCUCCAGUUGCUGUUGCCCCUGCGUCUAGAGAUUCAUCCCGAUCUUUCACCAAUCUCAUUGAGACUCCAAAAAAUCAAGCAGGGUCAAUAUCUGAGAUGCUUCAUAAUCAGGAGAUUUUAAAAAUGACACCGGACCAGUUAGAAAUAGUCCUUAAGAUUCUUCAAAAGGUGUUGAGUCAGAACACAAGACCCCCGGAUAAUGAAUGAAUGGAAACCAUCUGUGCCUGAACCAGUUACUGCGCCUGAAUCAGUUACUAUUUUUCCCAGGUGUAACGAAAAAUAAAACCCUCCUUGUAUGUAAUUAUUUUGUAGUUUUGGGAUGUUUUAAAACUUACCUGCAACCCUUCCUAGAAUCAGAGGUCCUAAAGAGGAUGGUGCAAGAUCUGAUAACAUUAAGGUUAGACUUCUGCAAUGCUCUUUAUAUUGGAAUACCUCUUUUCCUAGUUUGGAGGCUCUAAUUAGCAACCAGACUAGUUACAGGAACAUCUAGGAGUCAGCAUAUCGCACCAAUAUUAAAGUAAGUCCACUAGUUGCCAAUUAGUUUCUGGGCAAAGCACAAAAUGUUGGUUGUGACAUUUAAGGCCCUACAUGGUUUGGGUCCAAGUUACCUACCAGAUUGCCUUCCCCCACAUGACCUGCCCCUUAGGACACUGAGUCAUAACUUAUGUCUACUGUAUUUUUGUUCUAUUUUAAUAUGCACAUUUUAUAGGAAUAUUUUUUAAAAUAUGUAUUUUAAUGAAUGUUUAUGACAAUGUGUUUUUAACUGUUAUUCGCUGCUUUGAGGUGUUAAGAAAGAUGGGUAAGAAAUAUGUUUUUAUUAUUAAUAUUAUUAUUAACAAAUUAUUAAGGUGUUGUGUGCCUCCCGGGCAGUAUGGCCGUUUUCUAGCAGCAUUUUCUCCUGGCAUUUCGCCUGCAUCUGUGGCUGGCUUCUUCAGAGGAUCAUUACUAAUGUAAAAAUACAUAAUAGUGCAAUGUUCAUUUCUUUGAGACUGAUUAAUGAAAGGGCAACUGCUGAAAGAGACUUGAAAGCUUGAUAGACUUACCUUUAUUAUUUUAUCAUAUGAACUAUGUCCUUAUCUUCACAUACCAUCUCUCACACUUGCACAGGAAUAACCAAAAACAGAUGAAAAGCCAUUCUACUUUUGAUAACCUUGUUUCUUGUACUCAUCUCCAUUGCGGUGGCACAAUGGAUUAAACUCUUGUGCCGGCUGAACUGUUGACCUGAAGGCUGGCAGUUGCUGACCUGAAGGUUGGCGGUUUGAAUCCACAAGAUGGGGUGAGCUCCUGUCUGUCAGCUCUAGCUUGCGGGUACAUGAGAAAAACCUCCCAGCAGGUUGGUAACACAUCUAGGCAUCCCUUGGGCAAUGUUUCUAGAUGACCAAUUCUCGCACACCAAAAGCGACUUUUCAGUAUGUUCUCAAUUCACUUCUGACAUGAUUUUUUUAAAAUCUCAAUUUGUGCCAAGAUCGGCUAUUUCAUUAGCAAUUUUCUGAGACCUAAUCUGCAAAAGUGUGGAUUGUUCUUCUGCACCUUUGUACAAUGACUUUUCACCCCACUCAGCGCUAUUUCUAAAUGGUAUAGCAAAGAGGUGCAGAAAGUACAUCAUGUAUAUGCAUUAAAGACAGAUUUUUUAAAAACACACACACAAAUCAAUGUUCAAUUCAUGUUUCAUCCCCAAAGCAGCUAAAGUGACCCACAACCAGCUGCACAUGUAGUAUCCCCAAUGCAGUGUAAAGUCAACCUUUUAGGAAAUAUACCAUUAAAAUGACGAGAUAUCGACUCAAAUGUCUUUUUUAAAAUAAGUACAUUUUAUUCCAGUUAUAUUUAUCAGUAUUGGGUUGGUAAAAGAUGGCUAAUAUAAUUUUACUUCAGUAGUUUCCUAUCGGAAGGACACUUAUGAUACCAGUUGUAUCAUAUUUGAUAUAAUUUGUGAGAUUACACACUUAGAAAUUAACCCACAUCUGUUUUAUAGGAUAAAAUAAAAUGUGCAUUAAUAAAAUAUAAUUUUUAAUAUCUCAGUAUUAAGGAAGUCCCAUCCCCAGUUAUAUGCUAUACACAGAAUAAGGGUUUAGGUUAAGUUAAUAUUUGUUCGGUCAUUCACAGUGCUAUAGCAAAAAGUCCAUGUUUGCCAGUCUGGUAUUUUUAUUUUCCAUUAUUUCUGUCAAUUGGAUUUUUCUUCUCAAUUGAAGGCACACCAAAAAGUCAAAAUACAACCUUGAUUUAUAAUACAUUGCUUCCCCUAAUUGUGUUUGCGGUAGCAUACUUUUAAUAGUCAUGAUCGGCUGGAAUCAGUGUAUCUUUUUUUUGACCUGACAGAGUAUUCUGUUUUAUAGAUUCUUUUUGUCCUGCAAACGUUAACUUAGGGCCCUUCCACAUAGCUAUAUAACCCAGAAUAUUAAGGCAGAAAAUCCCAAAAUAUCUGCUUUGAUAGCAAUGUGGACUCAGAUAACCCAAUUCAAAGCAGAUAUUAUAGGAUUUCCUGCCUUGAUAUCCUGGGUUAUAUGGCUGUGUAGAAGGGCCCUCACAAUACUGCCAUUUAAAAAGGCUAGCUAGGUUUAAGUCAUCAUUAGUGAUAUUUCAAGUAGUAUCAUAGCUGCGGACUAGUUAGCAAUAUAUAAAGGAUAUGAUCAAGUAAUUUAAUUAUCCUAUUUUCAUUAACAUUAAAUGUAUUAGAUUUCCUAGGUUAGGUUGUGCAAGAGGUGCUUUGCAUUAAAAGAUCACAGCUAUUUAUUCCAGAUUACAGUAAUAGCUACUCCAGAUAUUGUAGGACAUGACAGAAGAGCCCUUGAAAACUCAAGGAUUUGCACUGUGCCAUCGUCUCAAAGGUAGGUGAAGGCACGAUUUUAUAAAAACACUGAAAAGAUGGUUGGUAUGGAAAUUAACAGUAUACUAAAAAAUAAUAAUAAGAUAACAGAAACAGUAUUACAGAUAUCAAUAGCAUAGAUAUUAUUGUGUGCCUCAGUAAGGAAGACUUAGCACUACACUUUGGGUGUAGGAAUAUAAAAAAGAUGCUUCAUAGCACAUGGACAAGUUUGCUAUUUAAGAAAUAAAGUCAAUUCACAUAGUACCAUUUGGGUACUAUACAAAUAUUUAAUAUUUUCAAGUAUAUCACCAAUAUCUGUAUUUUAAAAAAGAAAAGCAGCCAAAAAAUAUCACAUUUUUACACAGAGAUGCCAGAGGUAUUUUUAGUAUCUUUAAAAUUCCCAAUACGUGCCUCUCUCUUUUUGCAGACCAUAUGCAGAUUCACUCCGAAUGGCUGCUGGGUGUACCACUGCUGAUAUUUGGGACUGCGUGUCCCAGAUGGCAGGAGGCAACAAGGAAAGCAUUGAACCCUUUGUUUGUUCUUUGAUCUGAAAAGAGAAAAAACAGGAACUUGUUGAAUUUGUAUCCGCAGAGGAACCAAAACAAUUGGAAACUGAUCCAAAUGGUUAUCCUCAAAUGGGUAGAGCAUUCAGGUACUCUGAUAGCAGAGAAAGAAGCAACCUUCCACACUGCCCCUAUAUCCCAGGAUUUGAUCCCAGAUUAUCUGGCAGUGGAGACUCAUAUAAUCCAGUUCAAAGCAGAUAAUCUGGGAUAUAGGGCAGUGUGGAAGGGCCCUGAGUUAACUCCCACUGCCUGCCAAAACUCAUAUGACCUAAAAGUGAGCUUUAACUCACCAAAGUCCUGGCCUCUUCCCCAAUUUAGACUCCCCUAUCAGAACAAGACAGCUGUUCUUAACUUCUUUCACUUCUAUUUUCCAUUUAUUUCAAUGUACAAUGCCUUUUCUCUUUCGAUUUUAUUGCUAGUUGCUUCUCUCUCAACUAUUUUAUCUGCCCAUGACUUCUGGGAAAUACAACUUCUAACUAGUUACACUUUGAGUUAAGAGAUUAGUUAGUUCCGUGACUGAGUUCUUAACUCAAAUGCUCUUAUCUCAAAGUGAAAUUUCCCAUUGAAAUGCUAUUAAUCAAUUCUGCCUCCCCAAACCCAACUUUUGUUAUGUGUUUUUAAAUAAGAAAAUGCACAUUCACAUGGAACAAUAAAAAAGAAAUAUCAACUUUAAAAUGGUAGAAGCACAAAGUAAAGAGGCAGAAGCAUCAUUUUCCUCAUACUGUACUCAUUUUCCUUCCCUCUCUGGUUCUCCCGCUCUCUCUUCAUGAAGCCAAAUAUAUCAGGAAUAAAAACCACACAAAAUCAACUAACCCAAAGUUCCACAAAGUGGAGAAGAGCAAAGCAGACAGCAAUCUCCCAAAGUGGACAAGAGCACGACGAGGCAUGGAGGCUGCUCCCUUGAAGCCCUGUACUCUCAUGCUAUUACUCCCUCUGGCGCUAGUUCUUAACUCAGAACAAUGCUCAUAUGUCAAAACUGAGCAACAGCUUUUAAUUCAAAAAGCUCUUAAGUUGGGACAAUCUUAAGUUGAGGUUCCACUGUAUACAGAAAAAGCAUAGGCAUUCAUGCUCCAGUAGAGGUUCAAGGGUACUGGUGAUUUUAAAUCGUCACUUGGGAAUUGUUUCGGGCCUCACUAUUGACUAAGGACUUGCUAUAGGAAACUAAGAGCCAUCCCAGAUAGGCCCUAUAUCCCAGGGUUUGAUCCCAGAUUUUCUGCUUUAAACUGGAUUAUAUAUGAGUUUGGACUGUCAGAUCAUCUGGGAUAAACAAAAAACCUGGGAUCAGAUUCUGGGAUAUAGGGCCUGCUUAGAAGGGCCUUAAGGGUACAUUUACAUUGUAGAAUUAAUGCAGUUUGUCAGCACUUUCACUGCCAUGGGUCAAUCCUGUGGAAUCCUGGAAGCUGUAGUUUUGUGAGGCACCAGCCCUUUUUUUAUGGAGGAGGAUAAUGUAUAAAACUGCAACUCCCAAGACUCUAUAGCAGGGGUCCCCAAACUAAGGCCCGGGGGCCGGAUGCGGCCCUCCAAGGUCAUUUACCUGGCCCCCGCCCUCAGUUUUAUAAUAUAAUAUUUUUAUAUCAGUUUUAAUAAUAUAAUAUAUUGUAUAUACAUAUAAUACUGAUAAUAAUAUUAUGUUAUACAAUAUAAUACUAAUACCAUAUAAUAAUAUUAAUUAUAUGUUAAAUAUUACAUAUUAUAUAUAAUAGUAUAGUGGUAUAGUUCAAUAUAUUAAUAUAUAAUGCUAAUAUUGUACUAUGCUAAUAAUAUAAUGUAUUGUAUGUACAUACAGCUGCUCUGAGUCCCCUUCUGGGUGAGAAGGGUGGGAUAUAAAUGUAGUAAAUAAAUGCAAUAAAUAAAUAAUUAAUUUUAGACUUAGGCUCGCCCAAAGUCUGAAAUGACUUGAAGGCACACAACAACAACAAUCCUAAUUAACUUGACUAUCUCAUUGGCCAGUAGCAGGCCCACACUUUCCAUUGAAAUCCUGAUAGAUCUAUGUUGGUUAAAAUUGUUUUCAUUUUUAAAUAUUGUAUUGUUCUUUUGUUGUUGUUGUUGUUGCACUACAAAUAAGACGUGCAGUAUGCAUAGGAAUUUGUUCGUUUUUUGUUUUUUUUCAAAUGAUAAUUCGGCCCCUCAACAGUCUGAAAGAUAGUGGACCGGCCCUCUGCUUCAAAAGUUUGAGGACCCCUGCUCUAUAGCUUUGAACCAUGGUGGUUGAAGUGAUUUCAAAAUGCAUUAAUUCUGUAGUGUAAAUGCAUGAUCAGCCAGGAAUUCUGCUGUGUGGAGAUGAAGUCGAAUUAAGAGCCUGAUUCCAGCCAAUAAAAUGAGCGUAUUUCUCCUCUGGUUCGAUUCAGAAGACAAUUUUUUCCCCUUGGCUUUCACCUUUGCACGUAUCCCAUUCCCUUGCCCAUUGCUUACAGCCUGGCCAUGUUUACAGUAGCUUUCCGCCUGAUGAGCGCCAUUUUAAUUGAGUUUUAACUGUUGUUUUAUAUGCCUAUUUGCUUUAUUUAAUGCAUUUUAUAUUGUGUUUUAUUUUAUACUCUGUUUUUAAGCACUUUUGUGCUGUGUGUAAGCUGUCCCUUCGGGGAGAUGGUGGCGGGAUACAAGAAUAAAGUUAUUAUAUAUUA